GGACGUUGCUACACAUACUAUUGGAAGUACGUUAGCGUAUGUAGACAUCGUCUUGGUAUAGGAUAGUACGCACUCUUGCUGUAUAAGGGCAUACAUAUAUCCGUACCAGUAUUACAACCUCACACAGGUAUACAUCUAAACAGGUCUUUAUAGGCAAUAUAUAGUUGGAUCUACAGCUUGGUGCAUUAUGAUGAGGUUACCGAAGUGCAGUACUCACUGUAGAGUGGCUCUCGGGUUUAUCAAAAUAACACAGCGACCAUCCGCUCACACUCACGCUAUAGUGAACCAAGUCUAUAAUAAAGCAACACGAGCACAAUACAUCACAUCAUCUACUUGUAGUAGCCUACAGACGUCUGUAUGCGAUAGCUUAUCUAGGGGGACAAGUACAUGUACAUCGUCACGCGCCAGAGGGUUUCACACACAGGUAGCAUUGAAUGCUGCCAAGCCUAAGAGUGUACUAUACGACCAGACGAAUAACCCUGCACAUAAGACACAGGGUAGGUCUAAUAGAGGGAGCGAUGCUAAAAAUAGAAUAGGUACAGGAGGUAUGAGGCCUAGGAAACCAACAAGGUUUGGGAGUAACACGUCGAAGACAUACUCAGGACAUAGUACGGACAAAGUAGGCGGGGCUGAGGCAAAGAAAGAGAAAUUUGUUUACAACACAGUCAAACCAGCUGGGGCCGGCAAAACGUGGGAGCGAUACUAUCCGAAAUCGUAAGUGU